GUUUUCGCUCUCUUGAACUCGUGUUCAUUCUGAUUAGGGUUUUCGUUCAUCACGAUCGUUUUUCAAUUCAUUGAUUGAAUCGCAAGGGCGUAAAAUCUCGACGGAGAUAAAGGAGAAUGUCUCGUGUCUACGUUGGCAAUUUGGAUCCGCGAGUUUCUGAGCGAGAGCUUGAAGAUGAAUUUCGCGUCUAUGGCGUUCUAAGGAACGUGUGGGUUGCUAGGAGACCACCUGGUUAUGCAUUUGUGGAGUUUGACGAUCGCAGGGAUGCUCUAGAUGCUAUUCGGGCACUUGAUGGGAAGAAUGAGUGGCGUGUGGAGCUGUCCCACAAUUCGAAAGGAGGAGGUGGUGGAGGCGGGCGUGGUGGUGGUGGGCGUAGUGGAGGUGAGGAUUUGAAAUGUUACGAGUGUGGUGAGCCUGGUCAUUUUGCAAGAGAAUGUCGUCUGAGAGUUGGGGCACGAGGUGGAAGGCGUCGUAGCCCAAGUCCAAGGCGACGUAGGAGUCCAAGCUAUGGAAGGAGGAGUUAUAGUCCUCGUGGAAGAAGAUCUCCGCCACCUCGUUAUAGCAUAUCACCUCGCAGAGGUCGUAGCUACAGCAGAUCACCACCUCCUUAUCGUCGUUCAAGGCGUGAUUCACCAUAUGGAAAUGGAGUGUAAAGGCUGAUAUGGUGCAAAAGGGUGAUAUUUUGGUCUUCUUCAAACUUAGAGGUUUGGUUAUCGGCUCAGCCUUCACCCUCUACUCUCUGCAUCUUAGACUCCUCUUCUCUGCACAUCAUCAUCAUCAUCAUCAUCAUGUUUGGUGGCUUCUUGUGGUUGUUAAUGACUACAUCAAAACUGCACUUUAAAUUGAGAUCUUCUUCUUCUUCUAGAAGAAAGCUUUUGAUGACUUGACUAGUUAAGACAUCUUAUUUGGCUGCUGAAGCUGUUAAGACAUCUAUCUUCUUCUUCUUGUGGCUGUCAUUGACUGCUUUAAACGGCCCUGUUUUGUGUUUUUCAUGUUGCCCUGCCCUGCCCAACUGCCCGGAAAGGUGAGUGGCUACCAAAAUUAAAAUUAAAAUGUAAAGUCGGUUUUUGAAGGUAUGGUUUUGGUUAUUUUUGAAAAUUUGAAAAGUUUGCAUUGAAAAUCUUUGAAAAGGAUAUCUAAACACAUUUUGCUUCUAGAAAAAUGCAUUUUUUUACGACUUGUCAUCAAGUUUUUUCUUCUUUAUCUAAUAUUUCUUAAUUCUUAUUUUUAUUUGUCUGUGGUGUGGUUUGGCGUUUACCCUCAUUGACUACUGAUUAAGUCCAUUAAAUUGCUAAGCAAGUUUUACAAAUAUAAAAAUGUUACGUAUAAGUAUUAGUAUUCAACCAAAUUGUUCUUUUGUUUUUGUUGGUAACUUGUAGCAAAUCUCCUUGUUGUGUUUUUUGAGUCCAACCAUAGAGUAGAUAUUUCCUUAGUAAUUUCUAGAUAGAAUUUGUCGAAUAAUGUAAUGAAAUGGGUUUACUUUUAUGUUGUUACAUGAGUUUUAUUCGCUAAUGUCAUGUGUUUCUUAAAAGAAAGUGUAGGUAGGUGUUAGAUUGAGCUUAAACGGGGGAUGAAUUAAAGUCAAAACAAACAAUGCAAACCGAACAUAAAUCUGGAGACAGUCAAUGCAGGAUAACUUAUCAUAUUCUAAAAUUUACCAUUAUCAAAUAUAAUAAUAGAAUGGUUCGAUACAUAACAAUAAACUCUUGAUUCGAGAUAAUAUUGGCUAGGUAGUAAGGUUCUGCAACCACUAUUUCCGUGCUCGACAAAAUUUACAAAAAAUUAUCAGCAGCAAAUUACUAAAUGCCCUCCUUAAAAUUUACAAAAUAGUGUUAGAGAUUCUUUGACUUCAAUGGUUUAAAGCUUGCACAAAAUAAUCAGAGAC